AUGCCAGACUGCAAAAGGAUCCGUGUUGGUCAAGAAGAUAAACGGAGGGGGAAAAAAUAUCGGCAAAUAAGGCUUUUUGGUCUGGUGUUGAAUUUUCUUAAGACCCCAAGGUGUCUGAUUUAUGUCAGUGGUGCGCUGUCAAUGUGGGGCGACCGCAUGUGGCAUUUUGCCGUAUCUGUCUUUUUGAUUGAGCUGUGUGGACAUAACCUGUUUUUCACUGCUGUGGUUGGUUUGAUAGUAGCAGGAUCUGUGGUAAUUUUUGGUGCAAUUGUUGGAGAUUGGGUAGACCGGAAUCCAAGAAUUAAAGUUGCUCAUGGAUCCCUGUUUAUUCAGAAUGGUUCCAUCAUCCUCUGCAGUAUCAUACUGAUUUUGAUAUUUUCACACAAGAAGUGGAUUGAACAAACUUGGGAUGGAUGGUUAACUGUGGUCUGUUACAUGGUGGUCAUCAGUCUAGCAGAUGCAGCAAACCUUGCAAGCACAGCUUUGACAAUUGCCAUUCAGAGGGACUGGAUUAUUGUAAUCACAGGAUGCAACAGGGAUGGACUUGCAGAUGUGAAUGCUGUUAUGAGAAGAAUAGACCAAGUCGUCAAUGUUCUGGCUGCAAUGACUGUGGGCCAGAUCAUGUCUUCAGCAUCGAACGUAAUUGGCUGUGUCUUCAUUCUGGGCUGGACCUUAGUUCCACUGCUGGUUGAAUUUAUUUGUCUGUCAAGAGUUUAUAGAAUGGUCCCUGCACUUGCAUUUAAAGCUGGACCAGGAUGGUAUGAAGACCAGCUUAACUACUUCGAAAGAACAAGAGCGACUACAAGCAGAAAAGAUGCUCAGCAGCAAUACCCCAUACAUGGAUGUAACAGCAGAUCAGAAAUGACCCCAAACUCCACGACAGAUUUGGACAAGAAUGCCAGGUUACCCGUUCAGCAAAACUUUCUGGGGAUUUAUACUGUGCUACAAUGGAUACAGAGGAUGCUGUACAUCAGCAAAACCGGUUGGAAUGUAUACUACCAGCAAUCAGUCUUCCUCACUGGAAUGAGUUUAGCGUUUAUGUACACCACAGUUUUGGGAUUUGACUGUAUCACCACAGGUUAUGCCUUCACACAAGGCAUUAGUGGCUCACUACUUAGCCUCCUCAUGGGCAUUUCUACCAUCACUGGACUAAUGGGCACAGUUUUGUUCACUAUGUUACGGAAAUAUUAUGGCCUGGUAUCUACAGGAAUCAUAUCCAGUUGUCUGCACUUAGGUUGCUUGUUACUUUGUGUGUUUUCAGUUUCUGCACCUGGCAGUCCCUUUGAUUUGAGCAGCAACCCAAUGUCUCCACAUACUAAUUUUUCAUUAAUGAACCAGACUGUUCCAGACACAGAGGUGAAUCAAUUGCAUUCUUACCUGCCUAGCUCAAAUAUGAAUCAGCCUUUGCUUCUCCCGGCUGGGAAUUAUCCAGACUCCUAUGUCUCCAUUAGUUUACUUUUCUCUGGUGUUAUAUCUGCAAGAAUAGGUCUGUGGACUUUUGACCUGACAGUAACACAACUUCUGCAGGAGAGUAUUCCAGAAUUCCAGCGAGGAAUUGUAAAUGGUGUGCAGAGUUCAAUGAACUAUUUGAUGGAUCUGCUUCAUUUCAUUAUGGUUAUGACAGCUCCUAACCCUCAAUAUUUCGGGCUGUUGGUUAUUAUCUCAGUCACUUUUGUAAUGGCUGGACACACAGUGUAUUUCAUAUACGCAAAAAGAAGUAAUGCCCAGGUGGUUUUGGAGCAACAGCAAGGUUUGGACCUGCAGGAGGAACAAGGCAUAGUGCUCAGAUCCAUUUUGGAUGAUACCAUGGAAGAAGAGGAACACAAAGUAGAGGAAUGUGAUGAGGACAAUACAGCACCAGCUGCUCACAUUGCUGCUUGA